AGGGCUGCAGCACCAUGCUGGACUAUAAGAGGUAUGACAGUACUGCAGGAAGGCACCAUCCGGUCCAAAUUCUUCUGCCAUACAGGUCCUCGCCCAGUUAGCAGCCAUGAAAUUCACCCUCAUCGCAACCCUCGUCGUGCUCGCCCUGGCUCAGGGUAGCUUUGCACAAGACAUGGCCGAUCUUGAAAGACUUGGUCAGUACUUCGAGGAGAUGAAGACUAAGAUGACCAUGGAGCUGACUGAAAUGAUCCGCACCCAGGAUCUGGCACAGCAGGCUCAGACCUUCAUGGAGGACAAGAAAACCCAGCUGGAGCCCCUGGCCGCUCAGAUCCAGGAGCAGCUGAAGUCCGUCUCUACCACCGUCGAGGAGCAGAUCAAACCCCUGGCAGCCAGCGUGCAGGCCCAGAUCGCCCCCAUGGUUGAGGACUUCCAGAAGCAGAUGGAGGCCAUCCUCGUUCGUCUGACCGAGCAGACCAAGGCCAUCGGCAACUAAAGCGCUCGUCCUUCCACAACGAUGCAAACGUGCCACCAAACAGCAUCUUUCUCCUCCCAUCAAGGAGAUAAUGGACUUGUAUCUGAAGGCUGGCCUGAAGCUGCGGACAGAAGCCUAAGAUGUGUUUCAGUGCUUGUUAACAAAGAUAUUUAUUAUCUCAGCGCCAAAGCACAAUUAAAAACUUGAAACACAA